AUUCUUCGGAACACCUGACGCUGUUGUUGCCUAGCGACGCUUUAUGGUAACGCCACCAAAGACUACAUAUCUACCUGAGGAUUCUUCGAAACAAGUGAUAAAACAGAAUGGAAACUGAACUAGGAGAUGAUGUGUUGGAUCUCAGAGUUUCUGAGCUUGUUAAGAGUGUGUUAGACAGCGUCCUGAGCACAGACAUCUGUACACAACCGGAUAGAAAACAGCACGACUUCGAGAUCAGGAACAUCGACUGGGUCGAAUGUAAGGACUUUACAAUCAGUGUAGGAAAAAAACAAAUCGAGGAAUAUGUGCGUACCUGGGAGGUGGACCCGAAAUGGCUGUUCAGUGUCAAGUUCCUGCAGGAAACUGAACUGGAGUUUGAGAACCAGUUCCUCUAUAGAGCACUGUGGAGCAUCCCGACCACCCGGUGCCCUAUACCUAAGAACACAGCGUCUGUUUACUUCACCAUCACUAUCUCCAAAAUCAAACCGCACACCAUGCCUGUGAUAGUCACAUUUCAGGUGGAAGCCAGUCAGACUGUUCAUGUUCCGGGAAAAACCAGAUUCCGCGAAAAAUGGCUGAAGGACGUUACUGAAAACAAGGCAUUGCUUAUGGAUACCAUCACAUUUUAACAGUUCAGUGUCAGCCUGGUUUAGAUAAAC